CCGCGCGGGGCGGGUUCCGCGGGGCCGCCAUGGAGCUGGAGCAGCUGCGGAAGCGGUACCGGGGGGACAGCGAGGCGUUCGAGGAGUGCCACCUGGUGUCGCUGGAGCCGCUGGAGCAGCUCCGGGCGUGGCUGCAGGAGGCGCUGCAGUGCCCCGACAUCGCCGAGCCCAACGCUGCCUGCCUGGCCACCUGCGGCAGGGACGGGCGGCCCUCGGCCCGCAUGGUGCUGCUGAAGGGGCUGGGCCCCGAGGGGCUGCGCUUCUUCAGCAACUACGAGAGCAGGAAGGGCCGCGAGCUGGAAUCCAAUCCCUUCGCCUCCCUCGUCUUCUACUGGGAACCGCUCUGCCGGCAGGUGCGGGUGGAGGGCUCGGUGCGGCGGCUGCCGGCGGAGGAAUCGGAUCGGUAUUUCCAGUCCCGGCCCAGGGACAGCCAGAUCGGGGCCGUGGUCAGCAGGCAGAGCUCCGUCAUCCCCGACCGAGAGUUCCUGCGCAAGAGGAGCGCGGAGCUGGAGGAGCUCUACAGGGACCGGCCGGUGCCCAGGCCAGACUACUGGGGCGCGUACCUGGUGGAACCGGAGUCGGUGGAGUUCUGGCAGGGCCAAUCGAACCGGCUGCACGACCGGAUCGUGUUCCGCCGCCUGCGGGACCGCGCGGCGCCGCUCGGGGCCAUGACCCGCCGCGGCCACGGCGACUGGGUGUACGAGCGCCUGGCGCCCUGAGCCCGGUACGGCCCCGGUACGGCACCGAGUGUCCCCGGAACGGCACCGAGCGGCCCCGCAAUGUCCCCGAAUGUCCCCGGUACGUCCCCGAGCGGCCCCGGAGCGGCACCGGGCGGCCCCGCGAUGUCCCCGAAUGUCCCCGCUAUGUCCCCGAGCGGCCCCGGAACGGCACCGAGUGGCCCCGGAAUGUCCCCGAGUGUCCCCAGUACGGCACCGGGCGGCACCGGUACAGCACCGGGCGGCCCCGGAGCGGCCCCGGAACGGCACCGAGUGUCCCCGGAGCGGCACCGGAACGGCACCGGGCGGCCCCGCGAUGUCCCCGAGUGUCGCGGCCACCCCGCAAUGUCCCCGAGCAGCCCCGGUAUGUCCCCGAGCGGCCCCGGAACGGCACCGGGCGGCCCCAGUAUGUCCCCGAGUGUCCCCGGUAUGUCCCCGGUAUGUCCCCGAGCAGCCCCGCAACGGCACCGAGUGUCCCCGGUACGGCACCGGGCGGCCCCGCGAUGUCCCCGAGUGUCGCGACCACCCCAGAAUGUCCCCGAGCAGCCCCGGAACGUCCCCGAGCGGCCCCGGAAUGUCGCCGAGUGUCGCGACUGCUCCGGAAUGUCCCCGAGGGUCGAGGGUCGAGGCGGCCCCGGAAUGUCCCCAAGUGUCCCCGCAAUGUCCCCGAGUGUCGCGGCCACCCCGGCCUGUCCCCGGCCUGUCCCCGUCCCUCGCCGUGCCCUGGGGAAUGGGUGCGGAGCUGCCCUCACCCCGCCGUGUCCCCAAAUCCCUCUGCAGCCGCUUCUGCUGCUUAAUUAAUCGUGUUAAUGAUCGUGCAGCGUCCAGCUGUGCCCCGUCCCCGUCCCUGUCGCUGUCGCUGCCACCUCUCCCUGUUUUUGCUGGAAUUAUGGAAUGUGCUCCAUUGGCAGUUC